AUGGAACUUUGUCUCGACCUAGUGGAGAUAGGGCGGGAGUUUUUUGUCGAUGACUAUUUGGAAUGUAAACCUUCUACAGUUGAGGUACUUUUCUCAUCUAUUCUUGUAAGAGGUAGCGACCCUGUGGAAGGAUGUAAGCACCUGCUGAUUUCUCACAAUCAUACGACCUCUUCAUCCACAGCUGCCGCAGGCUACGAGUUUCUUAAGCGCAGCAUGCGAAGAUGUGCCACAAUGUUAAGCUUAACAUGGUCCAGGUCCGCGUUUGGUCAGUUGCAAGCUGCAAGAAAAACCUCAGUGUCAAAUUAUUGUUCGACGGCUUGAAAGCUUAAAGAGCACCAAGACCACAGGGAAUGUGCUCCGUGAUGAAGGUACAAUACAUGAUAGCAGCUCAACCGUAGCUGCUGUCUUAGAGUUCCCCGAAGGCCCUCUACAUCUAUGUGGAAAAUACAACGAAUGACUGUGGAAUUCGGUAUCAAAAUUGCAUGCUUGAGCUCUGGAGAUUUAGAUGUUCUGGUUUCAGGAGCUCCUGAGUUUCUCAGAUCGGGUAACCACUGCCUUGCCCUGCGCUUGAAGAUUUAAGCAUCCACCAGACGCAGGGUCUGGUGGAUUCUGCUAAACAUCUACAUGAGUAAUAAAUGGUUCGCCAAUGCUCCCGUCGAGGUCCCGAUCUACGUGCACUUUUGAAUUGACACAAACUGGAACGACGAAAUGAAGUCGUAUUUGAAGUGUCUGGGAUUAUAGGUUUGAAUUAAUUAGGAGCUGAGGAGCUGGAGUAAGAUGUAAGCUAGUUGCGCAUUAGAAUUAGUCGCAUAGUAGCGACCUUGCACAUUCGACGAUGUUUUAGUUUGGUUUCAAUGCUCCUCACUCACUGCAGGU